UCUUCCCCGCCUCCCCUCCCCUCCCCGGGAUUAGCCUGGGCGUCGUCAUCCCCGCCUGGCCGCCGGCGGGGAGGGUCGGUGGGGCGCGGCGGCGGUGCGCCCUCCUCCUUCCUCCUCCUCCUCUUCCUCCUCCUCCUCCUGGCCGGCGGGUCCCGCAGCCGCAGCGGCCGGAGCAGGAGCAGGAGCAGGAGGCGCAGCAUGUCGGCGGCGGCGGUGCCGAGCCUGGUGCGGCUGUGCGUGGCGCUGAAGAUCCAGCCGGGCGACGGGCCGGUCUUCUUCAAGGUGGACGGGCAGCGCUUCGGCCAGAACCGGACCAUCAAGCUGCUCACCGGCGCCAAGUACAAGGUCGAGGUGGUCGCCCGCCCGGGGGCCGUCCAAGCCACGACGAUGGGAAUCGGGGGGGUGACGUUCCCCCUGGAAGAGAAGUCGCGAGAUGCCCAGAUGGUAGUUUACAGCGGCACCUACGAUACCGAAGGUGUGUCGCACACCAAAAGUGGGGAGAGGCAGCCGAUACAAGUCACCAUGCAGCUCACGAACAUUGGCACCUUUGAGACUGUCUGGCAAGUCAAGUUUUACAACUACCACAAGCGAGAUCAUUGCCAAUGGGGGAACAGCUUCGCAUCUAUAGAGUACGAAUGCAAACCCAACGAGACACGAACCCUCCUGUGGAUCAACAAAGAGAGCUUCCACUAAGCUGGACGAAACCUGUGUGGCGGGACUAACUCUUAGUAGACCACCACCACCACCACGACCCCCCCCCCCAGACAAUUUCUUGGUCAAUGACAACCAGCACAAAGCCUUAAACUAGGCAUUCUGUGGAGAUGUUUGUGGUUUUUGGCAAUUCAAAGUACAAUUAUUUGGGAGAUGAGUUGUGUCAGGGUGGCAAAUUUGUUCCUGAGUGGCUUGUAAGUACAGAUUAUCUACAUAAAACUGGCGGUUUUAGGCUUCAGUGUCUACCCCUCUGCAAAACGGCAGUGUUCCUCUUUAUAGUAAACGUGAUGUGUCCAAAGUACUUCUCAAGGUUGGGAUGCACCCCCCCUUUAGUAAUAUCCCGAUGCAACUCCUUUUGCCAUACUGGACAUUGAUUUCUUUAUUUAGUUCAGAGUCCCCAACCUUUCUGAACCUGCAAGCCCAUUUGGAGUUUAACACAGGGUGGCUGAUGAGGCCACAAAAUGGCGGCUGUAGCUGACCUUCAGACAAACGGUGAUGAUCCGUUUGCUGUCAUGGCAGUUGCCGCCAAAACAGUGCUUUCAAAAAUUGGCACAGCCAAUCCAAUCUCCAGUGGCCAAUCAGAAGCCAAUUGGCACAGCCAAUCCAAUCUCCAGUGGCCAAUCAAAAGCCAUGUUGUGUGAACGCGCCCCCUGGCGCCAGGAAACUAGACAGCAGGCACCAUGGUGCCCUCAGUUGUAAUGUUGGGAACACCGUGACGCCAGUUGGCAACUUCUGUGUUGUACACAAAUCCCAAAGUGUCCCUUCAUGCUGGUUACUACCUUGCAUUUCGGCUAAAGCAAAAUCCUCUCCCCUGUUUUUUACAUUGUGUUUGCUUAGUUGUCAUAUGGGAGGAAGGACCGUUGGCAUUUUAUCAUGGGCUUUACCUUUCGUUAGCUGUCGUGCAAGAUUUUACGAGUGGCUUUCCUCUCUCGUGAGCCUCGUCUUCAGGUGUUGAGUUUGCCAGUCUCAGAAUGACCCUUAGAAGCAACAGCAGUAAUGAACUGCUGGCACAGACCCAUAUAAGGAUGGAGAAGCAAUACGUGUAUUGUUAUAAGUGCCGUGUGUAUCGUGCUAAUACCUGAAUAUACAGUGAUUGAAAUGUAAUGUUGGCAUAUCGAGUGUGUUCCCUUUUCAGAGAUUUCCUGUUUCAGUGAUACUGGUAAAGGUAAACUGAGGUAACUUGAGCUUCUGGUGACUUCUUCAGCUCCAACUGUUCCAUUUGCCCCAAACAACCUUUCAGUGUAAACAUGACUGAAGGCAGGACUAUUGGAGGAAAAGGUAUUUGGCGGUGCAGGAUUCUGACGUCUGGUGCUACGUCCUCUGCAAACUUGUUUACAGCUCGGCUGCAAGCAAACUGGAAGCACUUUUUUUUAUAUUGGUGAGUAAAAUGUCGCUCCUUUACAUUCUCCCGGAUUAUGGUAUGUUUGUGUUACCUUUAUAUAUCAGCUGUCAUGUCCGUUCAUGUGAAUAAUCUGUAAAUGGUAGGUGCAAGUUUUACUCUUUGUAAUAAAGGAGUUGGAAACCAA